AUGUAAAAUCAAUAAUUUGGUAGCGAUGCAAAAGCAUACAAAGAAUAAGCACAGUAGAGAAAACAAUAAAAAAUUGAAAAGCUUUGGAAUGAAAUUAAUAACAACCCAGAAUUAAGGCCACAAUUUCUUUAAUUGAAAAAAAAAAUAACGACUUCGCAUAACAAAAGAGAAGAGACAACUGGGAUGAUUAUGAGUAUGAAAGAAGAAUAUAAUUAAUUAAAGGCUGAUAUCAAAGAGUUUCUGAAAAAAUAAAACAAAAUAAAAUCAGUCAACAAUCCUGCUAAUAAUAAAUGA